AUGUGCGCCCUGGUGUCGUGGGCGGUGCCGGCCCUGCACAUAUUCACCUUGAAGAGGAAGACCGGGCGGAAGAGCAGGACCAUCGAAAUGAUGGAGCUUCCGAACCGUUUCCAGAGGCUCCUCGCGCUGCGCCUUCGGGGCUGGGUUUCGCCGCCGCGGGGCGGAGCGGAGCGUUCUCGGGCGCUCCUCGGUGUUUGGGGACUGAACCCACAAGUUCGGCUGGGCAGUUAUGAAAAACCUCCUCCUGGGCUUAUCAAGGAAGAUGAGACGAAGCCAGAAGACUGUAUUCCAGAUGUACCAGGCAAUGAACAUGCCAGGGAGUUUCUGGCUCACGCACCAACUAAAGGACUUUGGAUGCCACUGGGGAAGGAAGUCAAAGUCAUGCAGUGUUGGCGUUGCAAACGGUAUGGUCACCGAACAGGCGACAAAGAAUGCCCUUUCUUUAUCAAAGGCAACCAAAAGUUAGAACAGUUCAGAGUAGCACAUGAAGAUCCCAUGUAUGACAUCAUACGAGACAAUAAAAGACAUGAAAAGGAUAGAGGGAUACAGCAGUUAAAACAGUUAUUGGAGGAUUCCACCUCAGAUGAAGAUGGGAGCAGCUCCAGUUCCUCAGAUUGUAAAGAGAAACACAAGAAAAGAAAAAAGAAAGAAAAGCACAAGAAAAGGAAGAAAGAAAAGAGAAAAAAGAAGAAACGAAAGCACAAGUCUUCCAAGUCAAAUGAAAGUUCUGACUCAGAGUGACAAGGACUUCACUUGUUCAACAUCCUCUUCUCAAAAGUCAAACACUGUGACCAAGAACAGAGGAGAUGCCAUUGGAGAGAGUACUAGGAUGGAGAGACACCAAGAGAGGAGGAAAUGUGAGGUCACAGCUGUGAGUUCCCCCCACCUUUCCAUGAAGAUGUGACCCUCAGGAGAGUGCGUUGUCUCUACGCGGGUGCUUGUUCUGACAGCGGCUGAUUUCAGGCAGGAAAGCUUAUUCAGUGUCCUCCUCCCUGCUGGUCGCAUGAGUUUAUGAUUCCUGUGAAACAGCCCCCUGCAGGGUGGCAGGACUAAGGGUACCUCUGAGGAAGGUCUUCCAGGCUCCGCACAACUUGUGCCCUACACAGGGGGGCGACCCAGUUCCCAUAGACUUCAGGCUGGAGUCAUCUGUUAUUAUUGAGGAAAAUAAAAGCUCAUUAUUUAUUUUUUAAA